UUUUAAAACAUAUGAAAUGUUGCAGAUCGUAGAAGAGCAAACCAGUAAAUUUUUUAUUCAGAUAUCGAUUACAAUCGAUCUAGAGCAACCAUUGAUCCGGUAUCAGUGAUCAAGUGUGUGGAAGAUAGUGAUUUUUUAAUUCGUGAAAUCCUCCGUGCUAUGUAAUAAAUAUAAGUCUUGCAAUUGUGCCAAAGCUUAUGUUAUAUACUUGUUACAACACGGCAAAGUUUCAAUGGCUCUAGAUAUAUAUCAGUAUAGAUUCAGAGCAGAUGCUGCGGAAGCAGAGAUCAAAUCACUUGUACAUGAAAUAAAAGAACUUCAUCAUGGAAACAUUAAUGAUGACACCUCAGAUGGAGUUUUAUCAGAAUUACUACUGCAAAAUACCAAAUUGAAACAUAGACUUGCAAUUUUGAAGAGAGCUUGUGAGGUACAGGAAUCUAAAACCCGGUAUAGUGGAAGAAGUAGUAUGCAGUGUAUUCAGGAAGAGCUGGUACAAACAUUUACAGAGGCAGUUGAAGCAGCGUUUCCUGAUGUGCCAGAUGUUGGUAUACCUGUUGUUCCAUCUCCAAAAUUUGGUGACUUCCAGUGUAAUACAGCACUGCAGUUGUCACAGCUUCUUAAGGCACGAGGUGUCAAGAUUGCUCCAUAUGAGGUUGCCAAGAAGAUAGUAGAACAUGUGGGGCAAAACCCAUGGAUUGGGCGGAUGGAUGUAGCAGGUCCGGGCUUCAUCAAUGUAACAUUAAGCAAGACUCAUGGAAGUAAAGUGUUGACAGCACUGCUACAAACAGGAGUGCGGCCUCCUCCAUUGGAAAAGAAGUUGAGGGUGGUCGUGGAUUUCUCCUCACCAAAUAUUGCCAAGGAAAUGCAUGUUGGUCAUCUGAGGUCAACAAUUAUUGGUGAAAGCAUCUGUCGAUUACUGGAAUUCCUAGGGCACGAUGUGUUACGCAUCAACCAUGUGGGUGACUGGGGUACGCAGUUUGGUAUGCUGAUUGCCCAUCUGCAUGACAUAUUCCCGGACUAUUUAACCCACUCACCGCCGAUUGGUGACCUUCAGGCAUUUUAUAAGGAAUCCAAAAAGCGGUUUGAUGAAGACCCCGAGUUUAAGCGGCGAGCUUACAGUUGUGUUGUGAAACUCCAAAACAUGGAUCCUGAUUACAAUAAAGCAUGGCAAUUAAUCUGUGAUGUGUCCCGGAGAGAAUUCCAGAAAGUAUAUGACCGUCUGGAUGUCACUCUCGUGGAGAGAGGGGAAUCAUUUUACCAAAAGAGAAUGGAAAGAUUAGUUGAAGAACUUAAGUCAAAUGGUUUUCUAGAAGAAGAUGGAGGGAGGAAAGUGAUGUGGGGAGCACUAUCUAAAGAUAGCAUUCCUUUCACAAUUGUGAAGUCAGAUGGCGGUUUUACAUAUGACACUUCGGACUUGGCAACUAUAAAACAACGUAUUGAAGAGGAAAAGGGUGACUGGCUAAUUUAUGUCACUGAUGCAGGGCAGGCUACACACUUCCAGGUACUGUGGGGCUGUGCAGAACGUGCUGGUAUUCUGAACCCAUCUCACGUUCGUGUAGAUCAUGUUGGCUUUGGAGUUGUGCUGGGUGAGGACAAGAAGAAGUUCAAGACCAGAUCAGGAGAGACUGUCCGUCUUGCCGAUCUGCUGGACGAAGGCUUGAAACGAGCAUUGGAGAAACUGAAAGAAAAGGAAAGAGACAAGGUUCUGACACCAGAAGAGUUGAAGGCCGCCCAGGAAUCUGUCGCAUAUGGAUGCAUUAAAUAUGCUGACCUGUCGCAUAACCGUGUGCACGAGUACGUGUUCUCAUUUGACAAGAUGCUGGAAGACAAGGGCAACACAGCCGUGUACCUCCUGUAUGCCUUCACUCGCAUCCGUUCCAUUGCUCGUCUUGCUGGGGUAACACCUGAACAACUAAGUGCAGCAGCUGCUAAUACACCUAUCUCGCUUGACCAUGAUAAAGAAUGGAAGCUCGGUAAGGUCGUGCUUCGAUUCUACGAUGUCCUUGCAGUGAUAACCAAGGACCUGUGCCUGCACCAUUUGUGCGAGUACGUGUACGAGAUCGCCACUGCCUUCACAGAGUUCUACGACAACUGCUACUGUAUUGAGAAGGACGCAACAGGAGAGAUCAAGAAAGUGCACAUGGGUCGGUUGCUCCUCUGCGAAGCUGUUGCUAUGAUCCUUGAGUGCAGCUUCCAUAUCCUCGGCUUGAAACCGGUGGAGCGUAUGUAAGGUGCAGUAUUCACGACACGUUUGUCUGGUAUCAUCAGGUUGUUGGAAGGUGUUGAUAUUAUCCAUGGCCCAGUGUGAUUAGUUCAAGUGGUCAGAACGGAACAUGCGAAAAUUGUUCAUCAGAACUUGUUACUAUAGGAGAAGAUGCCAGUAUGUUUCUUCAAGAGACACACACAGAUGCGCUGAAAUAAUAGUUGACUGGAAAAAGAAAUAAAUGCAAAAAAUAAAAAAAAUGUAAAUAAAAUUUAUGAUAAAGUAAGAGUAUUAAUAUAGAGGCAAGAUAAAACUACCAUAACGUACUGCCGCGAUUUUUAAUUUAAAGAUCUUUCCCAUAAGUAUUAACGUUUCCAUUUGAUCAGACAUUUCUAAGAGUUGCUUUCAGCACUGACCACUUGCUGUUGGGAUUUCAUCCCUUUAAUUAUUUGGUGGUGGCAAUAGUAGGAGUAGUGUGUGUUAAACAGUAGAGGGUAGAAAAGAUUACGUUUCUCUCUACUCGUACCGGCGCCGUAUCAGUGCUUGUGAUUAUCUUGCACUUAUAAUUUUCAAUAUGAAGUCAUAGAUUGAAGAUCAGUGACAAAUAGUACAAUUAUAAUUGUACUCUUACUAUUUCCCAACACGUGUGCUUGCGUGUGCAUGCGCACUCACACUCCAAAGGUGGUAAAUAGGAAUUAGGCUACCUGAGAGGUUGAAAAGGCGUAUUAGAAUAGUUCUAAAGUAUGUACUGAAUAUUUUAUCCAGUUUAAAGGUCUGUAAUUUAAACUU